CGGGGUCCCGCUGGCCCUCGGCGAGCAGGCCCGACGCCCGGGGAGCGCCGUGCGCGUGCCCAGCGGCGCCGGCUGCGGGAUCGCGGCCCCGAGGCCGAGCCCUGCGCGGAAACGCCGCCCCGCAGAGAGGUCUGGGUCUAGAGGCAGCUCUGCGUGCGCUGCACGGGGCAACGCACAGCGCCAGGACGUGGGCCUGCACGGCAGGAAGGGUGCGGGGUGCGCGGGGGCCAGUGCGACGAUCUCGCUCCAACCCGGCCCUGCACUCAGGCACCUCUCGGCUCCUUCCUCUUCGGGCUGGGAACGAACUACAGAUCCCGGCACGCCCUUGCGGCCUGGCGUGUGUGCCUGGCUGCGACGGAAGAGGCCGCCCGAGAGUGCGCGUCAUUUCCGUCGCGCGACCGGACCCACGUUCUGUAGUCGUGAACAGAGGCCUCGAACGGCGUCCGGCUUCCGGUUUCGCGCGUCGGAAGUGACGCCAACCCGAUGCGCCACGGCGCCGAGCGCGGAGGCCGGGUCGCGAUGCGCGGCGUCCUGUGUGCGCCGGCGGCCGGGGCCGUCCGGACGCUGAGGUUCGUGCGCUGGGCUUCCCGCGCCCAGCCGCCGCCGGGUGGUCGAGCGCAGGCCCCGCCCGCGGCCGAGGAAGAGGAUGACCCUGACCGUCCCAUUCACUUUUCCUCCAGCCAAGCCCACCCGUCCCGCUGGACGGUGCAGCAUUCUCUGGGGAAGGAGCAGCGGCGGCCCUGGUGGAGGGUGUUGCCCUUCAGCCUCUCUCUCAUGGCUCUGGUCUUCUGGUGCUUCCUGCGGCAGGAGACCGGCGCGGACCGGUGGAUGAAACAGGUGUUCGGGGAAGAGGAGGCAGAGCCCGGCGAGGGUUCGCAGGAGCCCGGAGCUCCGGCUGCCCACCAGGCGAGGACUUAGCGGGCUGGCGGCGCGGGGACAGCGGGGGACGCGGGGCUGGCGGCGAGGGGACAGGCCGCCGCCCCGACGCUUUGGCCAUCGGGUUUGUCGAUUUUGCCGCCGUUGCGCGCGUCAGCGGAGUGAAGGACUCGGCGCACCGGGACGCGCUGACCCGCGUGGAAGGGGGAGCGGAAGGCCAUCCUGUCGGGACCGGCUCUCUGCCGGACACUGAUGCCCAGCGGAUACGUGCAGAGGACAUGGCGUUUCCAGAUGCUCGGGAGAGGCCUCGGUUGCGUCGUGCGCUCUUGGAUUUGUGAUGUGUCUUUCUACGGCGCGCGAUCGCGUUUCCGAAGCGGUGCUGGUGACACUCGUGAUCCCCGGAUCCAGUUCGCGGGUCUUCUGCUUUCGGGGACGGAACAGCUGGCGGAAGAGUUAACCUUCCGAUUGCAGUGUACUGUAGUGCGUAGAAAUUGCUCUUAGUUUUACAAACUAAUUGACAGUACAUUUUAAUUUGGUAAUGUGGAAUUAAGCCGAUCCCCUCCCCUUGUUUGCGUUUCAUUUUAGAAAAAUAAGGGGGGGGAGACUUUUAGUCCUUUCCAGUUCCUUUGUUCUUCUGUGUUCCCAGAGUAGGAACUGAGGAAAGAAAUCUAAAUGUAAAUUGUGGAAUUUACAAAGGAUGCCGGAAAUAAUGAACUUCAUCAGCUCUACAGAUUUUUAGGUGUAACAGUUUUCUGGUGACAGAAAAAGGUCACCAGAUUUUCUGAACAGAAUAAGACUGAUAAGUAUUUCUUUUUCUUUUUCCUUUUUUUUGGGUGAUUUUCUUUUUUU